CAGUAGUAGGACAAAUGUAGCCGGCAAAACGACAUCACUCUCUUCCGCAGAGAUUUGACUACUGUCAGAAGAAACGCUGCCGGAGUAGCGACCUGCAGACUGAUCCCAGACCUGAUCUGAGUGUCCGCUGGCAGAGGCAGGGAGGCGCGUUGCACUGUCAAGUUCACUUCUGACUUUACUCCCGGUUUAAAGAACAUUACAAUGGCUGACAGUUUUGACUGUGCCAACUGCAAGGAGUCCUUGUAUGGCCGCAAGUACAUCCAGUCAGACGACAGCCCCUACUGCAUCCCCUGUUACGACAGCCGCUUCUCAAACACAUGCGAUGAAUGCAAAGAGCUGAUCGGCCAUGACGCGAGGGAGCUCUUCUACGAAGACCGGCACUAUCACGAGCACUGCUUCCGCUGUUUCCGCUGUGAUCGCACGUUGGCGGAUGAGCCCUUCACCAGCCAGGAGGAGGCGCUGCUCUGCAAUGACUGCUACUGUAAUGAGUUCUCCUCCAAGUGUGUGGCCUGCGACAAAGUCGUCAUGCCAGGUACGAAGAAGUUGGAGUACGCAGGCUCUACGUGGCACGAGGGCUGCUUCAUCUGUCACAGCUGCGAACAGCCAAUUGGCUCGAAGUCUUUCAUCCCCGACAAGGAUGAACACUACUGCGUGUCCUGCUAUGAGGACAAGUUCGCCCCGCGCUGCACACGCUGUAAAAAGACGCUGGCUAAAGGUGGUGUGACCUAUCGGGAGGAGCCGUGGCAUAAGGAGUGUUUUGUGUGCACCAGCUGCAAGACACAGCUGGCGGGGCAACACUUCACCUCCCGAGACGAGAGCCCUUACUGCCUCAAGUGCUUUGGCAGCCUGUAUGCCAAGAAGUGUGAGGCCUGCAGCAAACCAAUCACAGGUUUUGGAGGAGGUAAGUACAUCUCGUUUGAGGAACGCCAGUGGCAUCAGCCAUGCUUCACCUGCUCCCAGUGCUCUGCUUCACUUGUGGGCGCCGGCUUUUUCCCUGAUGGCCCAGACAGGAUCCUGUGCCGCGACUGCAACAGCAACCUAUAGAGCAGUCAUUCACCACAUUGUCACCCAUCUCUUGACUUACCUUUCACCCUUCGUCAAAGCAUUUCAAGAACCCCAAGUCAUUACCGAGGAAGGUAACGCAGGCUAACAAAUGCCGCCUCUCAGGUUGUUUGUAUAUAAAGAGAUCCGUUUUUCCUUGUGGUCCUUGAUUUUCAUCCAUGAGUCAGUGCUGCAUUGUUUCAAUGAACCACCACGAAGAUUUCCUCUUUAACAAAAAAGUUAAUGAUUUUAUGCAACAAAGUUUAUGGAGUGCCGUAAGAAUAACAUCACACUUGUAUGUUAUGCACUAUUGAACCAAAGAAAUGCAAAAUGCUAGU